AUGGAGAAGGAAGACUCGAGAGCGUCGGAAGAGUCAAAAUUGGGAUACCAGAGCUCGAAAGUUUCGGCUUUCAGCAUCGAAAGACUCCUCGCUCCAAAUUCGAGAUCGACAGAAGAGGAAGGGAAAUCCUGUCGACAGACCAUUGUUCCCUUAUCGGAUACUUACUCCGGGCACGAGGAAGGAGAGUCGCGCCUCUCGGUCGUUCCUGACUCCUCCAUGGCGGAAGAAACCGAAGAUUCCGACUUUGUUUGCUCCACGUCCCCGGAACCGGAAAUCAGUUACGAGGCCUGCACUAGCAGCAGCGGUACCAACUCUUCCUCUAGCCUGGACUCCAGGGAAAAGGACAUUCCAGGACGAAGCGACCUCGGAAGUGACGACGACCGGAAGAAGCGUCCAAGAACGGCGUUCACGGCGUCGCAGAUAAAAUCCUUGGAAGCCGAAUUCGAGAGGAACAAGUACCUCAGCGUGGCCAAAAGGUUGCAGCUGAGCAAGACCCUGAAGUUAACGGAAACGCAGAUCAAGAUCUGGUUUCAAAAUCGGCGGACCAAGUGGAAGCGAAAGUACACCAACGAUGUGGAAUUGCUGGCCCAGCAGUAUUACUCCAGUUUGGGCAUUCCAGCACCUCGGCCCAUUUUCGUUGGUGAUCGACUAUGGUUUUUCAACUAUCCCGGCCAACUGCAGCCGGGGUCGCCGUUGCUUCCGGCACAUUUAACGCCGCUUCCUUUGCCGCCUUCUCUGCCGAUCGUCCAACCCUUGCCGAGCAAUUUGGGAGUCGUCCAACAGGGCUCGAUUUUUCAAAACACCCCCGCCAGUCAUCCUCCGAGGCAUCUAACCCAAAGACUGGAUUUCAGGCACCACCAGGAAGCGCCGUGAAUUUUUCUCCGCUCUUCGACCACGAGUGCUCUAAAAAAUCUCCUGCUUGCCGACGAAAGUCACGAGGGGAGGAAUUUCUAGUCCGAAAGUAUAUCUAAGGUUCAUUAAGGAAU